GGCACGGGGGCGGAGGCGGCGAGGGGCCGGGUCACGUGACGGGGUUUAAAUCUCCCGCAGCCGAGCCGCGGGGGCGCCAGUGCCGCGCGUCGAGCGGAGCAGAGGAGGCGAGGGCGGAGGGCCAGAGAGGCAGUUGGAAGAUGGCGGACGAGGCGGCGCUCGCCCUUCAGGCCGGCGGCUCCCCUUCCGCGGCGGCCGCCAUGGAGGCCGCGUCGCAGCCCGCCGCCGAGGAGCCGCUCCGCAAGAGGCCGCGCCGAGACGGGCCUGGCCUCGGGCGCAGCCCGGGCGAGCCGAGCGCGGCGGCGGCGGUAGCGGCGGCGGCGGGGUGUGAGGCGGAGAGCGCCGCGGCCCCGGCGGCGCUGUGGCGGGAGGCAGUAGGGGCGGCGGCGGCGGGCGCGGAGCCGGAGGCCCCGGCGACCGCCGCGGCCGGGGACGGAGACAAUGGGUCGGGCCUGCGGCGGGAGCCGAGGGCUGCCGACGACUUCGACGACGACGAGGGCGAGGAGGACGACGAGGCGGCGGCGGCAGCGAUCGGCUACCGAGACAACUUGCUGUUCACUGAUGAAAUCAUCACUAAUGGCUUCCAUUCCUGCGAGAGUGAUGAGGACGAUAGAACUUCGCAUGCGAGCUCUAGUGACUGGACUCCACGGCCGAGGAUAGGUCCGUAUACUUUUGUUCAGCAGCAUCUCAUGAUUGGUACUGAUCCUCGAACAAUUCUUAAAGAUUUACUGCCAGAAACAAUUCCUCCACCUGAUUUGGAUGAUAUGACACUGUGGCAGAUUGUUAUUAAUAUUCUUUCAGAACCACCAAAACGGAAAAAAAGAAAAGAUGUUAAUACGAUUGAAGAUGCUGUGAAGUUACUACAAGAAUGCAAAAAGAUAAUAGUUUUAACUGGAGCUGGGGUUUCAGUUUCCUGUGGAAUACCUGACUUCAGAUCAAGAGAUGGUAUUUAUGCUCGUCUUGCUGUGGACUUCCCAGAUCUCCCAGAUCCUCAAGCCAUGUUUGAUAUUGAGUAUUUUAGAAAAGAUCCAAGACCAUUCUUCAAGUUUGCAAAGGAAAUAUAUCCUGGACAAUUCCAGCCAUCUCUGUGUCACAAAUUCAUAGCUUUGUCAGAUAAGGAAGGAAAACUACUUCGAAACUAUACUCAAAACAUAGAUACCUUGGAGCAGGUUGCAGGAAUUCAAAGGAUCAUCCAGUGUCAUGGUUCUUUUGCAACAGCAUCUUGCCUGAUUUGUAAAUACAAAGUUGAUUGUGAAGCUGUUCGUGGAGAUAUUUUUAAUCAGGUAGUUCCUCGGUGUCCCAGGUGCCCAGCCGAUGAGCCACUUGCUAUUAUGAAGCCAGAGAUUGUCUUCUUUGGUGAAAAUUUACCAGAACAGUUUCAUAGAGCCAUGAAGUAUGACAAAGAUGAAGUUGACCUCCUCAUUGUUAUUGGGUCUUCUCUGAAAGUAAGACCAGUAGCAUUAAUUCCAAGUUCCAUACCCCAUGAAGUGCCUCAAAUAUUAAUAAAUAGGGAACCUUUGCCUCAUCUGCAUUUUGAUGUAGAGCUUCUUGGAGACUGUGAUGUCAUAAUUAAUGAGUUGUGUCAUAGGUUAGGUGGUGAAUAUGCCAAACUUUGUUGUAACCCUGUAAAGCUUUUAGAAAUUACUGAAAAACCUCCACGAACACACAAGGAAUUGGUUCAUUUAUCAGAGUUGCCACCAACACCUCUUCAUAUUUCUGAAGCCUCAAGUUCACCUGAAAGAACUAUACCACAGGAUUCUCCUGUGAUUACUACACUUGUAGACCAAGCAACAAAGAACAAAGUUGACGAUUUAGAAGUAUCUGAAUCAAAAAGUUGUAUGGAAGAAAAGUCACAAGAAGUACAAGCUUGUAGGAAUGUUGAGAGCAUUAAUGUAGAAAACCCAGAUUUCAAGGCUGUUGGUUCCAGUACCGAAGAGAAAAAUGAAAGAACUUCAGUUGCAGAAGCUGUGAGAAAGUUUUGGCCCAAUAGACUUGCAAAGGAGCAGAUUAGUAAGCGUCUUGAUGGUAAUCAGUACCUUUUUGUACCACCAAAUCGUUACAUAUUCCAUGGUGCAGAGGUGUACUCAGACUCUGAAGAUGAUGUCUUAUCCUCUAGUUCCUGUGGCAGUAACAGUGACAGUGGCACGUGCCAGAGCCCUAGUUUAGAAGAACCCAUGGAAGAUGAAAGUGAGAUUGAAGAGUUCUACAAUGGUUUGGAAGAUGAUCCUGAUAGACCUGACGGUGCUGAUGGAGGGGACCAGGAGGGAGUUAAUGAAGCUGAAGCCAUGCGACAGGAAGUGGCAGGUGUGGACUAUCCAUCAGACAAAUCAUAACGUUAUCACAGCUGUCCAGGUACAGGAACUGCUCCACCAGCAUUGGGAACUUCAGCAUGUCAAAAUGAAUGUUUACUUGUGAACUUAAACAAGGAAAUCAGAAAGAUGUAAUAUUUAUAGACUGGAAAAUAGAUUGUCUUCUAAUUUUUAAAGUUCCAUCAUAUUUCUGUACUUGUACAUUCAACACUAACCUUUUUUAAAGGUACCUAGGUAUCUUUAAUCAGCUGUUAGUUGACUUCAAUUUCCUUUAAAGGUUUCAUUUGUAUGAUACAUCCAUAUGUAUAUAUAAUUUUGUUUUUGCCUAAUGAUUUUCAACAUUUUAAAGUUUUCAAAAAGCCAUUGGAAUGUUAAUUAAUGUAAAGGGAACAGCUUAUCUAGACCAAAGAAUGGUAUUUCACACUUUUUGUUUGUAACAUUGAUUAGUUUUGAAAUCCUCAAUUUUUGUUCUGCUGAAUUUUAUUUUUAGCAGUUACCUUUUGAAACACUGGCAUUUUCAAAAACUUGUGGCAGCUAACUUUUUUAAAUCACUGAUGACUUUACAAUGUGAGAAGGAAGUCAGCAUGUGUGGGGAGCACUCAAAACCUGCUCAGUUUGAAGUGUAUUUACUGCUUAAGAUGGCAUGUACUUGCUGCAGUCAGCAGACUAACCUGAUUUGAAAAUGUUUCAGUUGCUCUAGAAACAAUAGUCCUGUCUAUAGGUCCCCUUAGCUUAACCUAUCACUGUGGUAGAGCCUGCAUCUAUUGUCACCACAAGUACUAAACUGCCAAGAUGUGCAUAUGCAAAGCCUUUCUGAACCUAAUAAUGGUACUUCUACUGGGGAAGAGUGUAAUAUUUUGGACUGCUGUUUUUCCACUAAUGAGGAAAGCUACAGGUCUCUUAAUUAAAGUUCCAAAGUAAUAAAUUGUAACUUAGCCAGAAAGUACAUUGUUUCCUAUUGAGGAUUUGGUGUAAUGUACCCCAAAGUGUGAGCCUUGUAUUAUGAAUAGUCAAUGAAACUAGUUCUUAUUUAUUUAAAAGCUUAGCUUGCCUUAAAACUAGGAUCAGUUUUCUGAACUGCAGAAGCUUUUAGCCUUUCAAACAGUUCACACCUCCAAUUACAGUCAGUAUUUAUUUUACAGACUUCUUUGGAACAUUACCCACAAAUUUAAAUAUUCAAUGUUGGUUUAGUAUUUAUUACCAAAAAAAAAAAGGUUUUGAAAUAUAGCUGUUCUUUAUGCGUAAAAUACCCAGCGAGGACCGUUACUGCCAGAGAAGACUAAUUAAUAAAAGUGGCUCAUUUCCCUACCCAAAAGAGAUUUCAAUCUGAAUUUGGCUUACACUAAAGAAUGCAGUAUAUUUAGUUUCCAUUUGCAUGAUGUGUUUGUGCUAUAGACAAUAUUUUAAAUUGAAAAAUUUGUUUUAAAUUAUUUUUACAGUGAAGACUGUUUUCAGCUCUUUUUAUAUUGUACAUAGACUUUUAUGUAAUCUGGCAUAUGUUUUGUAGACUGUUUAAUGACUGGAUUAUCUUCCUCAAACUUUUGAAAUACAAAAGCAGUGUUUUAUACUUGUA